AAAGUGAUAUAGUUUUAAAACCAACAACUACAAUUAUGUUUUUAGUUUACAACAUCUUACCCAUUUUAAUCGUAGUAUCCAUAACAGCUAGUGAUAUAUGUACCAUUUCAAACUAUGAUCAAGUAGACGAAGCCCUUAGCAGUUGUAAAGAUAUAGUUAUUUCAAAUUUAACAGUACCGAGUGGAAAAACGUUAAACUUAAAUUUAAAGGAACGUUCGACAGUUACGUUUGAUGGUGUCAUUACUUUUGAGGUAUCUUUCAGAACAGGCUUUCUAGUGUCGAUUACGGGAGAAAACGUUUUGGUUCAAGGAGCUCCAGGUAGUAUUUUAAAUGGUCAAGGCGAAAAAUAUUGGGACGGUUUUGGAGAUAACGGAGUAGUCAAACCAAAAUUCUUUAGGGUAGCUACAACUGGUGGCUCUAUAUUAAAAAACAUCUAUUUAUUGAAUUGUCCACACUUUUGUGUGGGGGUUUAUGCCACAGAUGUUACUCUUACCGGAUGGACUAUUGAUGUUCUAGCUGGAAAUAUGAACGGAGGCCUUAAUACCGACGGUUUUGGAAUACAUUCAGGAAGAAAUAUAAUUAUACAAGAUUCUGUUGUAAUGAAUCAAGACGAUUGCGUAGUUGUCAAUUCUGGUUCUAAUAUGAUAUUUAGAAAUUUGCAAUGUUAUGGUACUCAUGGACUGAGUUUUUCCGUUGGUAGUACAACUGAAGAAAAUGCAGAGGCCGGCAUAGUUCAAAAUAUUACAUUUUUGGACUCUCUUGUUGCAAAUGGAUUGUAUGGAAUACAUAUAAAAACGAAGAAGGGAUCUGGAAUGAUUAAGGACGUUAUCUAUGAAAAUAUUCAAGUAUUAGGAAUCACAGAAGAUGGGAUUUACAUUAAUCAAGAUUAUGAAGAUAUAGGAAAUUAUUCUCGAGAAUUUCAAAUACAUAAUCUCAAAAUUUCGAACGUAUAUGGCUCUGUUCAAGGAUUACUGACAAGACCUAUUCACGUUGUUUGUAAUGAAAAUAAGUGUUCAAACUGGAGUUGGUCAAAUAUUAAUAUUGUGGGAACUGGAAAGAGCUACUGCAACUAUAUGCCAGAAGGAUUUAAAUGCUAGCAAUAAUUAUAUAGACAUUUUCAACAACUUCUCUUUCAGGUAUAUUUGGUUAUGAUUUAAAUAUAAAAUAAAUAUUACUUUUAUUGUUAUGUUAUA